GGAACGAAUGAAUCGUCACGGUAUAGCUUCGAUUCGGAUCUGGGCUCGGAGCUGGAGGAAGUCUACGAGAAGUUUGCCAAAUGGCUCGAGGAACCAAUCAGCACCGAUAAACCGAAGAAGCUGGACGCGAGAGAUGAAGCGGUACUGAAGUUCGCCAACUCACUGCUCAAACGGACACUCAGCGAGAGCUUCGUCGGCAUUCCGUUCACCGAGGAGUGCAUAGCGCAUAGCGGGAACGGUAGCAGUGCGGAAGCACGAUCGGCGCGAAUUGCCAGUGGCGGUGCUGGUGGUAGUAUCGGAGGGAUAGGACAAAAGGAGAAGAUACUGCUUCACGUACGAUCGCUUUCGCUGGAGCUGGCGAAGCACAAACACAAACUUGCGGCACAACUGCGCAACGAGUAUCUGGCGCUGGAACCGGCGAAGCUGUUCAAAUGUCCCAACAUUCAGCUAACGCGAACCGAUCACCGGAAGCUGCUGCAUCGGCUACGCUCGACCCAGAGUGGUUCCGGGUGUGGUUCGGUGGUGGAACCACUGGCCGCCACUACGGUACACCCGAGGACGACGGUGCCACAGCAGGGUUCGUCGUCUAAGCCUCAGCCCCCCGUCAUCCGUCAAUCGUCGCUCAAGACGAAGCUGCUACACUACAAACCGAACUGGUCCGUUUCGUACUAUCAGGACGUCAAGUGUGACGAUGUGGUACUGAAGAUCUCGCAGCUCGCUCAAAAACGAACGCUCAAUGUAAACCUUCGACCCGUGGCUACCGGUAACUGGGGCUGCGGAAGUAGUCGACGCGGGGACGUUCAGCUAAAGAUGGUCAUCCAGUGGAUGGCGGCCAGUGUGGCCGGGUUGCCCUACCUCAGCUACUACACAGCAGGGAAUGAGAAACUUUCCAAGCUCGAUACGAUCUGCCGGGUGCUGAAGGAUCGAAAAUGGACGGUUGGUGAGCUGACGUCGGCCACUCUUAGCCAUGCCCGCGACAUACUGGAGGAUCCGUUCUACUACAACAACGAUCGCAACUAUUGCAUGUUCUUCGAGAAGCUGAUCGGUUUGGAGAAGGGAACACACUGAUAACACCGAACGAACACACAAACACACAUCUACACACAAACUCGACAACAGAGUGUUGUCAGUGGACCAAGAACGAGAACAUAAGGCGAUGGGCGAUGGGCACAUGGGCACCGUCGUGGUCCGUGGUGCCGCUAGCAAAGAACUGUAAAAGACAAAUAACCUUAGACUCCUGGUGGCGAGGCAAAAACAAAAACUUGGAAAGCAAUAAACAAAAGAACUCUUUUGAUACGGUUACUUAUGAGCACGAGGCUUCGAUCGUAAGCUAAGGAUCGAGGAAUCGAGAGGCUCCAGUGAAUGUUUCGAAUGGGUUGGAUUGAGAGAUUGGCGCUUGGCGAAGCUACUUGUAAAUAGAUUUUCUAGUAAACGUUGAACCAUGAUUACGAUAUGCUCGCCUCACGUACGGUAUCGAAAAGCAGAAAAAUUCAAACGUCUUCCUACGCACGAGCGUUAACGUUGUUUGUUUCCCCAUGAGAUAGAGGAAAGAGGAGGGGGUCCGUAGAGACUCCGAUGGCGCUUUGGCACAGCCACGGGAAGGGCGCUUGGAGCAGAUUAUGUUGCUGCCCGUUUUUGGAAGUUCAGAUGCCACCAUACCUACGCCUACGGUUACAUUCGGCCACGGCGAAGAAUUGAGUUCAAUAGAAGAAGGCUUCAGCUUUUUCUCCGAUAUUCCGUAGACACCCGAGGUAUCGAAACGAAAGACGCUCCCCGUAGUUCCCUCGGAUGAGAUUGACUUAACCGUUAGCUAGGCUAGACUGUUUAGCGAAUCAAUACAUUACAAACAUGACGCUUAUUUUAGGAACGAUUGAGCGGAGCGACAGAAAAAAAAACAGGAGCCGUCUAUCUCAAGUUAGAAUCCAAGAAUACAAGUUGAUAUGAAAUUAGAACGGAAAUGGCUUGUGAGAGAAUGAAAGCGAAGCGAUCAGGGUUCAGCUUCAGGUAGAUCGAUAGCUUUUUUUCUCCUUCUCGUCCAAAGAUAAUCUUCCUUGGCCAAAGCGGACGUUGAGUAAAAAUUGUGCCAUUUUGUUACCCAUUCAAAUCGCUAGACCAAUAAAGCUGGAUGAUUUUGAA